GAUAGCGGACCAUGGGGAGCAGGGGAAAAGUUUUUAUACUGACAUGUUAGCGCAAUGACUUUUGAGAAACAUCUAACUGGGACGAGGCUCCCGGCGUGAGGAGGACAGGGCCCUUUUACGGGAAGGAAAAAAUAAAGGAGCUCUUGCCAUCUGCCGGGGUACGGGAACGAAAAGCAAGACGGCAAAAGAGUUGAGACCAGUCCAAGAAUCAGCGGUGGAAACUCCGGUUUAGCCAAUUGAAUUGAAAGAUGAGCUUGUUGUCUGCUAUAGACACGAGUGCCUCCGUGUACCAGCCUGCGCAACUUCUCAACUGGGUCUAUCUCUCCUUACAAGACCCUCACCAGACCAGCGCCUUUGACGCGUUCAGACCCGAACCCAACUCUUCCCACCCGGAUCUCAGCUUCAGCAAGACUCCCGGAGCGGCGGACUUGAGCUCUUCCCUGAACUCCAACUAUCUCAACAACUUCUUUCAGCUGCAGCGGAAUGAGGCCUUAAACAACAACGUGUACAAGAAUGUGUCACCUUACGGCUCCCUGAACAACAUCGUGGAUGGACUCAACUCCCUGACGGACCAUUUCUCAGACCUUUCCCUUUCUUCAGAGCCAAGAAAACCCAACAAAAGACCCCCGCCCAACUACUUGUGCCACCUGUGCUUCAACAAGGGCCAUUACAUCAAAGACUGCCCUCAGGCCAGACCCAAAGGUGAAGGGCUUACACCCUACCAGGGGAAGAAGAGAUGCUUUGGAGAGUACAAGUGCCCCAAGUGUAAGAGGAAGUGGAUGAGCGGCAACUCCUGGGCCAACAUGGGACAAGAAUGUAUCAAAUGCCACAUCAACGUCUAUCCACACAAACAGCGCCCUUUAGAGAAGCCGGACGGCCUGGACGUUUCUGACCAGAGUAAGGAGCACCCACAACACCUGUGCGAGAAAUGCAAAGUCCUGGGCUACUACUGCCGCCGUGUGCAAUAAUCAUCUUCUCAGAGUCAGAGAGCAACUUUUGUGUCCCAAGUCGUAUCGCUCAUCCUCCCAUCAAGGCUGUUAACUUCCUAUCUGCCCAGUUCACACCCAGGUUUCCCUCAUCCCUGCCCCGCACACAGCAUGGCGUCCUUUCCUCCUCACGUCUUCCCCUCUGCCAUUUAGCAGCCUCAAAUGUAGACGGUAGCUCUAAUCCUCCCUUCUCUUGAUGCCUUCCUUCUCCACCACAGCAAAUAAACCUGCUCAAACCACCAGUGGAACACAGAUAUUAGUCACUAUGCCUUUUUUUCAAUGACAGUAUUGAAGACUACAUCCAGGAAUGAGAGGAACAUGGUAACUUAGGAUCAAUCUCUAUCUUUCGAAGUGCUCUUCAUCAGUAGCAAAAACUUGCCAAAAUCAGUGACUUUUCUAUGUCUCAUGUAUCAGAAACCACAUAACCCCACCGAUCCAACUCGAUGUUUAACAACAGCUAAUCGUUGUAGUGAUGAAUUAGCACCAGACAUGUAUUUCAUUGGUGUCACUGACAGUAUUGGUCACAAUACAUUACCUCACCUUGGGGUUUGUUGGCUUCGUGUUUACAGAGAUCUGCCUUUCAUUUCCCUGCCAAGUGAAGUGUGUGCUAAUGUGAUGAACAUUUAACCCGGGCCUCUCACAAUGGUUUAAUGUAUAGGAGGCCUUUGAUGUCUUGCCGUAUUAGGGUCAACAGCACAUCUUAUUAACUGUGAAUUAACUGAGGGAUAAUGUGCCAUACAUCCCUAGCUUACAUUUGGCCUAUUUAUUUUCUUGUUGUCUAGUGUGCAAUUUGAAUUUUAACUGGGACAUAAAGAAAUGUUUUUGUAUGUUUGUAUAUCACAUUAUUGUGUAACUGCUUCCACGUGUCUUUAGAAACUACUGUAGGUUCAGUUGCGUAGAGUCGCUCCUCGUCUAGAUUUAGUGCGUUGCUAACAGAUAAGGUUUCAGUCAUCCUCCCGAACAAUUUUUGUUGCCAUGCAAAUUCUCAAUUAUCUAUAAUGUUAGAUUGGUACAGAUGUCAUAUAGGUAAGUUGUGCUCAACUCAAAUUGCAAGGUCAACUGAGAAGGAGCUGUAGGAAAAAAAGAGUAGUUUCAGUAACAAUAAUUUUGCCAUCCGCAAAGUUUAUUGUCAGUGCCGAAGUCAAAUUUUUUUUAAAAGCAAAACUGAAAAAAUGAACUGCUUGCCAUGAUUUAAUUUGCAUUAUGAAACCUGAUUUUAGACUGCCCACAUGUAAAAUGUGAUUAGAUUUUAACCACAAAUUAAUAAAAUACAAAGGAGAUGUUUGAAAGAGAUUGAGAAAGACAUUUAAAAUCAAAUUUUUAGAUCAAAUUGACGCCUGGCAGCCUCAGUGGAGUCAGUGGAGCUAAAUGGAAACUUUUCCAAGGGCUUACACCCUAUGAAACUAUGUCCAGCAGCUGAUUGCAGGGUAAAGAGUGUCCAAAGGGAGGUGAAGCUUUGUAGAACUGCAGUGAUUUUCAGGUUGGUUGGGAGAAACAAUAGGAUUUAUUAUGAAAAGGGCUGAUUUGUGAUGUGGUGAUGCUGAAUAUUCAAGGAUAUAUUGAAAGUUGUGAUGAAUUAAGUUUACUCUUACAUUCAUUUUUAAGGGGCCUACAAUUAUAAACCAAUGUCUUUAAAGAAAGAGAAGUACACAUCCUGUUUACGUAGCUCACUGUGCAGACCUAAAUCACUACAGAGGAAAUUAAUGUAGUUUGGACUUACAGAAGUCUGCCUUUAAAGGAACUUUGUUAUAGGAAUUGUGAACUAUUUUAUAUGUACUGUAUUUCUAGCCUUACAAAAGCUGGUUGACUAUAUUUUAUACUGUAACAUACUGUAUGUGCCUUAAAAAGAUUUAAAUCAUUCUGAAGUAUCAAGAAUCAGAGGCCAUUUGAAAUUAGGAAAAGACAUAUGGGGAUAGGCUCAGAGCUGGAGCAGUAUAUGUGCAUGUGGUAACUGUGGAGCAUAAAAAGUUUAAUGCAGGUUCAAGAUGUGACAAGGGACAAGAAAAUGACACUGUUCCCCUAUUAGCAGUUAGAACUGGCAUGGUGGGUGUUCGCUUCAACACGGUUUGCUGAGUUGGAGGCACAGGCUGAACCAGCAUUUCUAGCUGGCUAUAACAAUCCUCCUGUGGUCUGUUGUCAUGGAAUAUCAACAAAGAUGUUAUUUCUUAGUCGAUCCUCACAACAGAACGAAGUCGCACAUGAAACUGUGGACCUCACUCUUUGUUUUUUCUAUCCAUUGUAGUGAUGUUUAUCCAAGGAACCAUGGGUUUUGUCAAGAAAUAUACAUGGUCACUUGCCUUGGUGGGAGAGUUUGCAGUGGCUGAUAAUGGUACCUUACAGUUUUGGGAAACGAGCAUUUAGCUUAGAUUCCAUCUCUAUAGUUAAAGGGGCACUUCAGCGAUUUAGCAUUGAUGUUCCACAAAGCUUCCAAGACACACUAAAGUCUAAAUCAACACAGAAGAGUUUCAGAUAUGGCUCAAGCUCCAAAAACGCUUGGAUCCUUCAUUUCCCAUAAUUCAACUCAAUAGCAUUUUUCCCUGCCUGGUAAGAGCCAACAUCUUUAAAACUCCACACUCCCAAUUUUGGUAAAGCAGGCUUUUUGCGAAAAAUGUGUCUCCACACCCCAAGCGGAAAUAACCCUGGUGACAUCACUAUGACGUCAUCGGUGUUAUUUUCUCGGACUCGACAAAGCUCCUCGAGAGCCACACGAGACAUUAUACGGCUGUUUUCACAGUCUAGUACUCCCUCUGACGAGUGAACUGAACUUCAUGAGUAAAAUUGGUGGAGUGCCCCUUUAAAAGAAGGAAUUGGAAGUUAUAUAUAUUAUCACAAGCUAAAGACUGAAUCAGAAUGAAAGGUUCCCCUUUUAGCCCGCAACCGCUGGGAACAAUCCAUAUUUUUUUUAUCGUUAACAUCGUCGUCUUUCUCUUGCUUUGUGUGAUGAUACUAACCUAACAGGUCUUCACAUCUGAACCUUAUUGUCCACAUCACCCCAUGUGGCUGUAGUGAGAGGAAUAGAUACCAAUGAUGCCUUAUGAACUAACCUCAUAAACAAGUACAGAUGUUAUUGUGAUUCACAGAGUUCUGGUAAAAAAAACAGAAAUGAAAAAUAAGCAGAGAGAAAUCCUGUUGGAGAGUUUGAUUCCGCCCAGAGACAUGUUAUGAGGAGGCCAUUUUAAAUGGCAAAUCAAGAGCCAAUGGAAGCAGCUGAUGCAAUGCAUUUGAAAAAAAAAAAAAAAGAGAAAUCACUGCUUUCAGACAUAGUGUCUUGAAUUACAUAUACUUGACUUUUCUAGUACCUUUUCAGUUCAAAUUUAUUAUUUUCUAUGAUUGAGAUGUGUAUUUUGGAACAUUAAUAGAU